AUGACGGAAAGUCUGAACCGCACUUCUUCGCCCGAGAAGAUCCCAUCUACCGACCCAUCUACCGCUCAAGCUCGACGUAGACCUGCUCGUCAAGUCACUCUGCCCAAUGACGAGUACGAUCCAGCACGAAGGGGGACAGGCGAGUCUCGCCGCUCGAGCGGGAGGCGCGGAGACUCUAUGGGAUCACGAGGGGAAGGAGGGCCACAACCUGGAUUGCUGCGGAGGAUGACAACGGGGCUGUUGACGCCGGAGAGGAAGGUCGGCAAGGCGCCAACCUGGCUGGGAAGCUUCAAGGCCGCGAUCCUGAGCUCUUGGAUCAAUGUCCUCCUCGUCUUCAUCCCUAUCGGAUGGGCCCUUCACUUUGUCAAAUCCGCUGGCAAUACCAAGAUCACCGACACGGCCGUCUUUGUUACUACCUUCAUUUCAAUCAUGCCUCUUGCUGGGUUGCUAGGAUUCGCUACCGAGGAGGCUGCUCUCCGCAUGGGUCAGACGCUUGGUGGUCUUCUCAACGCGACCCUCGGCAAUGCAGUAGAGCUGAUUGUCGCCAUCCUCGCGCUGAUUAAGUGUGAGCUGGCCGUCGUGCAGUCCUCCCUGGUCGGAUCCAUCCUCUCCAACAUCCUGCUCGUGCUCGGAAUGUGCUUCUUCGCAGGCGGCUUCCGCUACUCCGAGCAGACCAUCAAGUCCACCGCCGCUCAGCUCAACGCCUCCCUCCUCCUCAUAGCUGUCAUCGCCGUUCUCAUCCCUUCCGCAUUCCACUUCUCCAUCAACACUACUGCCAACGGCACCCAGCAGACUCUGACGGACGCGGUCGAGGGUCAAGAUCUGCUGGCGAUGAGUCAUGCGGUCGCAAUUCUGCUUUUGGUGCUGUAUCUUGGAUAUCUCUUGUUCCAGAUGUUCACGCAUGCUCAGAAUGAGCAGCGGGCUCCGUCAGACGGGUGUCCCGCUGGGUGGCGUGCGGCAGGGGAGAUGCUGGGCGGACCUGAGGAGCUACGAGAGCGUCAGCAGGACUACAUGGCGGUGCCUACGGGGAGCAUGAUGUCGAACUGGUCUCUGUACGAGGACGAGGAGUUCUCCACCUCUACCCGCUACCCUGCCGCCGUCACCAACAUGCCCGGUCGUAUUCGUCACUUCCGCCGCAACAAGAAGAACGACGAGGAGAUGUCAGCCCGCACGGUCGACUCGAACGGCACUACCACCGAGUCUCCUCACACUGAUGGGCACCCCGGCAAUGAUGGACCGAUCCAAGUCCCGCCUCACCGUCAAAACAGCAACGAGGACAGCGACGAUGACGACGAGGAGGAACCUCAGAUGAAUAUCUGGGCUACAAUCAUCGUCCUUCUCAUCGUUACCGUACUGGUCGGUGUCACUGCCGAGUUCCUCGUCAGCAGUAUCGACGGACUGGUAGAGUCAAACCCAGCGCUCUCGGCGGAAUGGGUCGGUCUGAUCCUGCUGCCCAUUGUCGGUAACGCCGCAGAGCACUUCACUGCUGUUUCAGUCUCGGUCAAGGACAAGCUGGACCUUUCCAUCUCCGUAGCUGUCGGCUCCUCCAUCCAGAUCGCUCUCUUCGUCAUCCCCGUCAUUCAGCUCCUCGCUUGGACGAUCGGAAAACCCAUGACAUUGCUCUUCGACCCGUACGAGUCAAUCGUACUCUUCCUCUCCGUCUUGAUCGUCAACCAGACGCUCGCGGAUGGCAGAUCCAACUGGAUGGAGGGACUGGUCCUCAUGAUGCUGUACCUUAUCAUCGCCGUCUCUUUCUGGUACUAUCCCGGCUCCAACACUGCUACCCUCCUGGGAUGCGGUACCACGACGUGA